CAAACUGAGUAAACCACCGAGUGCAGAUGUGAUACGUGGUAUUAGGAUGACUUUGAAAGCACCAGUGGACAAUCUGCUGAGCACUAAGAGCCUCAGAGGGUCAUCAUUGCCUUGAAGUUUUCCAAAUUUCCCAUGAUCCCGCUAUGUUGAGCCGGCAAGUUUUAAUACACACUGAGGGGGACUUGGCAAAACUGUUGUUACGGAGACAACUAGCCUCAAACAAACCUGUUUAUUGGCUGAUUGUUUUAGUCUUUACCUUCUGUUCUCGGUUUAAGAAAACAAGUUGUGACCUGAUUUUUAAUUUGGAUCCAAGUGUUCCUGCACAGAGUAGUUUCAGAAGAUAAUGCUACAGUGAAAACCACUCUGAGCCGAAGCUGUGCUGACCUCAUUUAACACCAAAGUCCACUUUAGGGUAGAUUAUGACAGAGGAGUGUCGGACUGAUGCGGGCAGCACCAGCUCGGAGCAUAUUGAGGACAGGAAGCUUGCGAGAGUUUGGAUCUUCCUCCAGUCCAACAUGAGGUCUCUGCUGGAGAGCAGCUGGAUGAGGUUUGGACCUGCUGGUCGGGAUUCUCUGGACUGGUCCACUGUUCCAUCACCGCUGCCGUCCACUGACAGACAGGCCACGCGCCAGGGUUCAGGAGAAGCUAUUAUCAGCGCAGGAUCCAUCACCUACAUUGCCAUAGCAACUGCCUCCUUCCUCCUCCUUUUCGUCAGCAUCCUUGGCUUCCUGAUCUGUCGGCGCCGGCGGGGCUUCCACCUCGAUGGGAAACUGGAUUUGGCCAAUGUGAUCGCACUGGAAGAUCUGCACGACCCAGAGAGGAACUGCGAGCUGCUCUCCUCCCUCCGCCGCAACAGAGGGCAGCUUCCCAGCAGCAGCUCUGAGCAGGAUGUGUCAGAUGGGGUGUUCCUCAUGGUCUACCUGCCCUCGCCCUAUGAGCAGACCCUCACCAGGAUCGCCAGAGCCGCCAGUACGAGCAGCUCCAAGGAUGUGGAACUGCUGCCACCGAGUCCUGGACCGGAGACAGGAGGAAAUAUUCCUGACCAGUAUUCAGAAGACACCAUUAAUCCAUCUUCUGCUCCACCUGUUGGAUGGGAUCCUGCUUUAGUUUAGAUGACAGUUAAAACCACUGAACUCAAGCACACACACACACACACACACACACACACACACACACACACACACACACACACACGUCUAUGGAGGCAAAAUGUUCUGACUUUGUUAUCUGUGAUGCUCACCCCUCCCUGUGAUGCUGAUCUGAAUGAAGGAGAUUAUUACAGGGUUGAAAAGCUGAAUCAUCUGCAGGUGGAAACUUCUCUACCUUAACAACACCUGCAGAAAGAGCUCUGCUUCUUUACUUUGCAUUAAGGUUUGUAAAAAUGUAAAUCUGCACAAAACAUUCUAUUUUUUACUUUUCUUAUGUCUGUUUUAUUAGUUGUAGCAUGGUUGUAUUUUUCUACCUUUAUACUUUCCCAAUCAUGUGUUGUAACUGAUCCAGUUUACAGAUUAAUGGGAUUAUUUGUCCUGUGUGAAAUAUGUAGUCUAUUUAUGCCCUUUAAAGACCAGGACUGACAAUAAAUUGAGUCUAAAGCAUGAAGCAGUAUCUUGCGUAAUUGAUGGAAAACAAUGAUACAGAAUCAAACUCUUACUGUAAAUCAAUGAGAGAGAGAUUCCUUGAUUCUGUCUGUAACCUGGUAAAGAAUCUUUAGACCAUCCCUGCCAGUCGGUGUUUAUUUCAGCUUUGCUUCCAUGAGCUGACUAAAUAUUUCCAUCAUCAGUUUCAAAACAUCUGUUGCUCUCCAAUAUUUUUUUAUUCUCUGGCAACAUUAUUAAAAUCCGGUUUAAAUUAUGUCACUCCAAGCACAGCUGGUUUUGAAAAACUGACAAUAUAUCAUGACAGUAUAUGUUUUUCCUUAACAGGCCCAGACUUCAGUUUUUCUCUCAGGUUUAAUUUAAACCAAACUCAUAUGCUGCAUCUCAGGAUGAUUUUAUUAAAAUAUGAGUUUUAUUUUCAUUCUGUCAGAUCCUGAUAAUUCCUUUAAGGGAAAUUAGAAUUUGGGAUGACCACUUGAGUAAAAACAUACAAACAAAUCAGUCUGUAUUAAUUCAUCGGGACAUACAGUCACAAGCAAACAAAUGAGAAUCUCAUUGAAAAGUUAAUUUACUUCAAUAAAUAAAUUUGAAAAGUGAA